GCUGGAUUUUCGCGCAGUUUUUCGCCGGUCCUCCCGUGCUGAGGGCUCCGAAGUAUAUACUCGAGGUAACGUCGCACUCGUUCACCGUCGUGCGAGACAUCAGGCUCGCGCUCGUCAUCGCUCGUCGUCGUCCAUCGUCGUCGUCGUCGUCGUCGUCGUCGUCGUCGUCGUCGUCGUCGACGACGACGUCUCCCUUCUCGUCGCGCGAGCGCGCCUAGUGCCCGUCCGAUUUACGUCUGACCGAGGCAGCACGAGAGACCCGAGGACGGACGCCAGAUGCUUGAACCUAACCUCCAAGCGCGAAGAGCGCCCCGAGGGAACACGCUCGCUACCGCGUCUCGCGUACAACGUGACUUCCUCCGUCCCGUGGCUGAUUUUACUUCUGCGUCGCGCUAAUCUCACGAGGAUCCUCGAUCACUCGCGAUCGAUAUAUCUCGCAUGCGACAUCGCGCGGGGCGCGAGUGAUCGAGAACAGAGUGCGAGAGCGAGAGAGAACGAGAACGACAGCGGCCGCCGAGAAUCCCGCGCGUCUUCAUCGUGGAAGGAACUGUCCGGGAGGCUGUCUCGAGGUUCGUGUCGCGCGAGGUGAUUGACGACGAGAGGGGCGAGGUAGAGAAGCGGCCGCGCUUCACGGCAAAUGACAGUGCAGUGAGAGAAGGGCGCGAACGGAGCAACGGUUCGUGAACGGAAAGAAAGGCUCCGGGCUCCGUGGCAGGCUGUAAAUUUUGACCUCGAGGAAAGAAGAAAGAAGACCCUCUCGUCCCAGGGCCCUCCUCGGGAUACGGAACGCGAUCCGCUCCGGACCGAGGUUCCACGGAAUUUUCUUAACGAACGAUACUAUGGGAUUUUCCAACGCUGCACGAAAAGGAUCGUUGACACACAGAAAUAAACUCCGAAAAUUGUUUCGUGUAAGAAACACUGCGUCUGUACAUCGUUCCUAAUUGACAGAUAGAGGUAGGAGCCAGCGGCGGGGAGUAACUAGAAGCGGGAAUGAGAAGAGGGUCGGGCGGAAGACACGAAGCAGUGUUCGAAAUUUACGAGUGAGUCGGUUUGCUUGCACGUCGUGGGGUCCAAGAUGGUGUCUAGGGGCGGUCGUGCGCCGUAACAAAUGGUUCAACCGUGAACCCGCUUGCCGUGCAACGACACCGGAAACAGGCGGCAGCUAUCCGGCGAGCGAGCGAGCGACCGAGCGAGUGAACGAAUAGGGAGAGGGCCGCAAGAAUUCGCGAGGACACGGAUGUGAAGUUUGCCCUGGCCAUCUCUCGCGUGGCGAAUUGUUCCGAGGCACGAAAGCCGAACGGCGGAGCUCGUUUACAACGAAAUUGUCCGGAGACAAGAUGAUUCUGAAACGUCGACGAUGAGACGGCAUACAUUUCUUCGCGACGAUCGUCCCGUGAGAGAACGCGUUGCGAUUUCCUAACGCGCGUUCGUGGGGACCUAUAGGGAUGACGAGGUGUCGCGCGUCUCGACGUUGAAAUCUCGGUGACAGCUCAUUCAUGAUAACCCGGCCAGAUGGGUUAAAGAAUCGCGGCUCGCGAUUGACGGCACGGUCUCGUGCUGCUUGCAAAAUGGCGAUCAUCCCGCGUUCUCGAAAGUGCAACAAGUGGUGUCUGGAUUCUCAAUGCUGAGACAUCAUCGAUGUUACUCGACAGACGGACGAGGGGAUUUGAUCCGGGGCCGAUCAGGCGUUCGCGACCGGUUGGAUCGAGAGUCUUGAACAGGAGGAUCGCCGUUGUUUCCUAGACUAGUACGCGAUGCCAGUGGGAUUAAGCGCGUCUAAUGAACUUUAAAUCCGUUUUGCCCGUCUCAAGUACGAUCGUCUCGAAAUUUCUUCGUUAGGAUUUCCUUCGUCGGUCUAAAUAGAUUUACCUCCACCGGGGGGGGAGGAAAACAUUCGACCAACGCACCGAGAGUCGAGAGGUCCCGGUCCGAUGCUGUUCGUUAACUUCGGCAAAGAGUAUUUCAUUGAACGUGGGAUCGAAUGGUUACAGGCGACGAGUAACCUCGAGCUGGGAUUUUAACCUGAUUCUAACCUCUGGCUUCCCUCAAACUCGAGCAUUUGCAUUUAUCGAUAUCGUCACUCCUCAAGAAGAUACGUAGAAACAUUGAUUUAUACAAUAAUUUAUCCAGAAUGAGGAAGAAUCUAGUGUCAUAAAUUGAUAUAUAAAUAUUAAUGUUCGUUGAAACGUAGCGCGAUUCAAUGUUGCACGUUAACGCUGAAAGAAAGACUGCAAACGCGAGUACAUGGCGACGAAGCCCAUGCUCUAUGCUGUGUAGACGAAAGAAUGAUCCCCGCUCGCCGGGGAUCAUCGACGAUUCUUGGAGCUGCUACCUGACCUCUCGUCGUCAGAUUCGUUGACUAUAACGUAGCAGCAUCGUUCGCACGCCGCGGGCAGACACGUCCCGCGAGUCGCUCGAGGACGGAGACUUCGAGAUAAUCCACGUCAAGGCGUUGUCGCAUCCGCAGAGACGUCGUCGAAUUAGACGAUGGUGCUGAGGAUAUCCGCAAACGAAGCUGGCGUUCCUCUACUAGGCGCCGUCGGUCCGCGCUACGUCGUCAAGCAGGCGACGGUGAAGCGCUGCGUCGCGGCGCUACUGCUCGUCUCCCUCGGCAGUAUAUUCUACUACACUCACUACAUCAUCAGCAGUGGACCGCUGUCCAGUUUAAUACAUCGAGAUACAAGACCCGAACCAGCGAUACGAUGUUCGACCCUCAAAGGAGCGACCAGGCUGCCGUCAGCACCAGACCAUCGCAGCGAAGCUCGAUUAAGGAUAGAUCCGAAGGUGUUGGUCUUCGUAGAAACGCUAUACUCGAGGCUAGGCCGGGAGAUAGCUGAACUACUAGUUUAUAAUCGAAUAAAGUACAAAGUGGAGGUGGCCGGUAAGUCUUUACCGGUGCUGACGAAUCUCGAUAAAGGUCGGUACGGGGUGCUGAUCUUCGAGAAUCUAAAUAAGUACCUGCAGAUGGACAAAUGGAAUCGCGAGCUGCUCGACAAAUAUUGCAGGGAAUAUUCAGUUGGCAUCGUGGGUUUUGCUCCUCCGGGGGAAGAGAGUCUCGUUGGUGCUCAGCUUAAGGGCUUUCCACUUUUUAUACACACUAAUCUUAGAUUGAAGGAUGCCCAGCUGAAUGCGGCGUCUCCCAUUCUUCGAUUAACCAGAUCGGGGGAAACGGCCUGGGGACCACUUCCUGGCGGCGACUGGACUAUUUUUCAGGCCAAUCACAGCACCUACGAGCCGCUCGCUUGGGCGUAUCGAGACAGCCUCGACUAUCCGGCCAACAAAAGUCCCUUAGCUACCGUCAUCCAGGAUCAUGGCAGAUACGACGGAAUUCAAAGAGUUCUCUUUGGCGGUGGCCUACGGUUUUGGCUGCACAAAUUGCUGCUGCUAGACUCGUUAUCCUACCUGUCGCACGGGCAAUUGAGUCUUAGCUUAAAUCGUAUGAUCCUGGUGGACGUCGACGAUAUAUUCGUCGGCGAGAAAGGCACCAGACUGAGAAAAGAUGAUGUAAUGGCGUUGCUAGCCACUCAGCAGAGAAUUCAAGCUCUGGUGCCGGGGUUUAAAUUUAAUUUGGGGUUUUCCGGGAAAUAUUUUCAUCACGGGACAGCGGAGGAGAAUUUGGGGGACGACAUGCUUCUGGAGAACGUAGACAGAUUUACGUGGUUUUCCCACAUGUGGAAUCACCAACAACCGCAUUUGUACGAGAAUGUAACUCAUCUACAAUUGGACAUGGCGCUGAACAAGCAAUUCGCAAAGGACCACGGUAUACCGACCGGAAGUGGGUACAGCGUAAGUCCGCAUCACUCCGGCGUUUACCCGGUCCACGAAGGCCUUUACGAGGCGUGGAAGCGGGUGUGGAACAUCAAAGUCACGAGCACCGAAGAAUACCCACACCUGAGGCCGGCUCGUUUGAGACGCGGCUUCAUUCAUCGUAACAUUAUGGUCCUACCGAGGCAAACAUGUGGCCUUUUUACUCACACGAUUUUCAUCGAGAGGUAUCCGGGCGGAAGGGAAAAGCUGGACGAGUCGAUACAGGGCGGGGAACUUUUCCAAACGAUAGUAUAUAAUCCGAUAAAUAUUUUUAUGACACAUAUGUCGAAUUAUGGAAACGAUCGACUGGCGUUGUACACUUUUGAGUCGGUCAUAAAAUUCAUUCAGUGUUGGACGAACUUAAGGCUGUCCAGUGCACCGUCGCUUCAGCUUGGAGAACGUUACUUUCAGUUGUAUCCCGAGGAGGCCGAUCCAGUGUGGGGAAAUCCAUGCGAUGAUCAGAGACAUCAGAAGAUUUGGUCUCGUAAUAAAACGUGCGAUCAACUACCGCGAUUUUUAGUAAUUGGACCUCAAAAAACCGGCACGACGGCGUUGUACACAUUCCUGUCCAUUCAUCCAGCAAUAAGUAGCAAUUUACCGAGUCCUGACACUUUUGAAGAGAUACAGUUUUUCAACGGAAAGAAUUAUUACAAAGGUCUUGAUUGGUAUAUGAGCUUCUUUCCAGCAUCAAAAAAUGAGAGUUCUCGAUAUCUCUUUGAAAAAUCCGCCACUUAUUUUGAUGGAGAAUUAGUACCGCGAAGAGCCCACGCACUUCUGCCAAGAGCUAAGCUAAUCACCAUACUACUCUCUCCAGCUAGACGUGCUUAUUCAUGGUACCAGCAUACCAGAGUACAUGGAGAUCCGGUAGCGAACAAUUACUCCUUCCAUGCGGUCAUCACAGCGAGUGAUUCUGCACCGAAACCUCUACGGGAUCUUAGAAAUAGAUGUCUAAAUCCUGGAAAGUACGCCCAACAUUUAGAGAGGUGGUUAUCGUUCUAUUUACCGCAACAAUUACACAUCAUUGAUGGUGAACAGUUACGACAAAACCCCGUGGAAACGCUGCACGAAUUGCAACGAUUUCUGAAAAUAACGCCCGCUUUCAAUUAUUCCUCGCACUUGAGGUACGAUCCAAAAAAGGGUUUCUUCUGUCAAGUGACUAAUGAAGAUCGUACUAAAUGUCUCGGCAAAAGUAAAGGUCGCCAGUACCCACCAAUGGAAGAUAGAUCGUACAAAUUAUUGCAGAGAUAUUAUUUAUCCCACAACACGGCUCUGGUGAAAUUAUUGAAGCGGCUUGGGUCCAGAACAAUCCCACAAUGGCUGAAGGAGGACCUCACCGACACUGUGAUGACCUAGCAAACGCCAAUUACAUGAAACUUUAAUGUUUCCCGGCUGCUCGCUUCCGCUGUCAGCGAAAUACAUCGCUUACUAAUGGAAGACUUGUAAAAUAAUUGUACAUUAAAAAUUAAAACCUCCACUGGAUUCCACAUCUUCAGAAGAAGGACCAUACUGGCCUAUAUCAGUGGAUUGGCCUAAUGUAAUUGGAGACCCUGCACAAGCUAGUCAUAUAAGCGGCUUUAUUAAGUUCCAGUUAAUUGUCGAUCAUUAUUAAGCAAGUACUAGUUUUAUAUUACCAUCCCAUUAAUUUUAUUAUUAUUUCUAUUGUAUUAUCUUUAUUAUUAUAUCAUUAUCAUCGUUAUCGCGUCGUAGAGAUCAGGCGUUAAUCGCUCACUAGUGCCAUUAUCCAGCAAAUCGUAAUCGUAUUAGGCACUUUUCUAUUUACUCAAGCAUAAAUUGGGCAAAAUAAAAUCAAUAUAUAUAUAUAUAUGAAUUGAAAAUUUAUGCAAAGAAAGAUAUAUAUAUGUAUAUAUCUUUACGAAGAAGAUAAUGGACUUGUUUUUAUAAAUUUUAUGAUGUAAAAACAGAUUUCAUAUAUCAAAGAAGAUAUUCAUUGUAGUAGAAAUUUUUAAAAUAAUAUUUGAAGUUGUGAACAUACAUGAAUUUUUGCUAUCAACGCGAUACACGUGUUGUAACGAAUGAUAUUAAAGAGUACUCUUUUUGGCAAUAUGCAAUAUUUUAAAGUGUUAAAAUUCGAUUUUCUUAAUACCUGACUGUCCAAAUCUUGUUGUUUUGAAACAUGUAUAUUUGUGUGUAAGGAUGAAUUGUAUCGACGAAUUGUACUGCUGAAUGAUUUUUAAGUCAGACAGUUUAUCGAUCAUUCUUCUUGCACUAAUUAUCGGAUCGUCCAUACGAGCGUGAGAUUUCGGGAUUUUGAGAGCUUUUCUCUUGAGCCCACUUUCGGAGAUACAGUGUAUAUUAAUUCUCGUUACAUAUUUAAGAUCAAUGACGACGACAAGAAAUCUAUGUAUAUUUUGACAAUACUAUUCUUGGUAUCCGCGGUGAAAAGGCCAACAAAAGAUGUGUGAUCACGUCCGUUUGUACAUUGAUGUAACGCAUUAUUUUGAUGUUAAUAUAGGUGUAUUAUAAAAAAAAUAGAAUGAAAACGGACAGUUCAAGUGUAUCCGAGAUGAGUUUAAAAAUUUACCGAUCUCGGAUACUUUACAUUUGCAAUAAUCAAUAUUAUCAGAGUUGAACUCACGCGGUUAUUAGAUCGAUAAAAAAUUAUUUGGCGCACUGUGCAAAUUACCCGCUGACAAGUUGUAUGAAAUUAUACAUAUGUGAAAAUAUUUAUGAUUUAUCACGAUCAUCGCGUAUUAUUACGUGCAUUGAUAAAUGUUGUAAAAAAAAUAAAAUCUUAUUUUUCAGCGGGUAGGUCCAAAUAAUUAUUCAGUGAUUUUUCGAGAUUAUUUUUCGCUCGUAACAAUAUUAUAUAUUUCUUAAUUUCGAUAUAUACAGAGUCUAUGUUUGUAAAACUGCUUUGUUUCGGAAUGAUAUUACUCUCAUACAGUAUUUAUUUUACUGUACUUGAAAAAAAUAUUCAUAGAAUUGAUCCAAGGAGAAUUUGUUUGUCAAGAGAGCAAUGGGAUCUGAUUAUUAUAUACGUAUAUUUUUUAUAUUUAUUUGACACUUAUACGUAUAUACAAUAAUGUGAACUAUAUGUACAAAUAUUUUUAAUAAUACUUGUAUCUGUGACCAUAUCUAAUUGUACAUUGUGACGAAUUCAUGGGAUCUUAAGGAUCUCAUGGCAGGUAUCUGCAUAUAAUAUCUGCUUGCCGCACUUUCUGCAUAGAAAAGUGUACUAAUAUCGUGUGUAUGGCCCGUUACGAAAAAAUUCAAAAUGAGCGAUGUAAGAUCAGGAGAGAAUUUUUUUAUUUGCAAUUUUACCAUUAUAUUAAUUGUCUCGUAUUAAGAAUGUUUCUGAUGAUGCCAUUACAUUGGAUAUUGCAUACGGAUGGUAUUAUAUUUAGACAAAAUCUUUUGUUAUGUUUGUACAACUUGUUUUCAUUUUUAUACUGCCGUUAAAACCAUGCCAUGUAACUUUUAACAAAUCGUGUACAAACUUUAUUGUUAGUAUUAUAAUAGUAGUUGCUAAUGAUAACGAUAAUAUCAACUGAUUGAUCUGUUUCGUCGAAUCGUGCCAUUUUACCAAUGUUGUAUAUAUGAUUAUGAUUAUAAUAUUCCAAUUGCGAAAUCAGAUGUUUAGAGUCAAUACCUUUAAUUUCGUUUAGUAUGGCGGUAGCAACAAAUGUCCGGAUUGCUACUACCUGACAAUAACCUGACGGCAGACAAAGAUAAGUGAUAAAAUUCCGCGGAAUUUAUCAAAAUCACACGUGUAAACAGGAAAUGUAAGCAGAAUUAGCACGCAUUAAGCAUUAUCUCACCACUGAGCUUUGUUUGAUGUAUUUUUUCUUAUUUUUUAUUUUACAUUUUACAUAUCUUUUUAUUUGUAUAAAUGAUUAGAAGCAUAAUGAUUAAAAUUAAAAGCAAUACAUAUAUUUAUGUACAUACAAUAUCAAUGCUUUAGUAUCGAUCAAGUGUUAUAUAUGAAUUAAAAAUUAUUUUCUUAUCUAAUUUUGUAUAUUAGCUAUUAUUAAUCAGUGGUGACAUACUGUUAAUCGCUACCUAAUUUUGCGGAUACAUUUGUUUGCGUAUAAACGCACAGAAAUGCCGAGCAUUCUGUAAAUAUUCUGUUCCAAUAUAGACUGCCCAGGAGAAAAGAAAAUGCCAUCGUGUGAAUAAAUGAAAUUGCGCGUAGGAUGUGUGUGUACGAUACUUCAAUUAUUUAACUUAUGACUAUUCUAAUGUAAAAUACUGUAAUAAUUGUACGAAUAGUCUGUAAGUUCUAAUAAAAGAAGCACCAAAAAUCCUACAUUGGAUGGUUUUGUAAACAA